AUGAAGUUCCAACUCGUCUCCCUCCUCGCCCUCCUCCCCUCCGCCCUCGCCCAAACAGACGCAAACCCCAUCCUCACCGCCCUCGGCACAAUCACUAGCGACACCACCAGCCUCAACACCACCGUCGCAAACUUCGACGGCGACCCCCUCAAACUCAUCAAAAUCACCAUUCAGUCGGCGCAGCUCCUCUCUGACAUCAACAAGGGCACCGACACGGCCAACAAGGCCGCCAACCUGACGAUCGACCAGACGCUCGCCAUUGCCACGGCGACACUCGCCCUCGCCACGGACGUCAACCAGACCAUCACGACAAUCAUCAACACCAAGCCCGCGUUUGACAAGCUGCUGGUGGUGGACCCUGUGAUUCUGCUAAACCUCAAGCUGGAGCAGGACGCAACGCGGAAGUUUAGCGCGGCAGUGGUGGCCAAGGUGCCGGAGGCGCUACAGGCGGUUGCGCAGGGCUUGACGCAGGGGAUUGACGAUAGCUUCUCGGAGGGGAUUGCGGUGUAUGAGCAGUUCUUGUAG